UAUGCUAGUUUUACUUACUCCAUAAGCCUUUAUAUUAAAUCCUCAGGAUAGAGAAAUACCACCCUACUACAAAAAAUGCUAGACAUUCUUGAGGACUUUGAGGCCUCAGAGCCUGGGAAAUUAAUAGUGGAGAUUACCAAGAAAAGUGUUGUAAAGGCUAUGAAUCAUCCGCCGGCAUCAUUUUCAAUCACUCUCUCAAAUCUUGAUCUUCUUUCUGGUCGUUUUCCUGUGACAUACUUGUAUUUCUUUCGCAGACCCAAACUAUUAGUUCGUGACUUUGGAGCACUUAUUGAGUCUCUCAAGAGCUCUCUAGCUCAAACACUUGAUUGCUACUAUCCCUUUGCAGGCCAAAUUGUUCAGAACCCCAAAACUGGUGAGCCUGAAAUCAUCUGUGACAACAAUGGAGCUCUAAUCGUUGAAGCUCACGCCAAUCUCCCAAUGAAGGAACUAAAUUUCCAUAAUCUCAAUGAAACCAUUCAAGGUAAGCUAGUCUCUAUCCAACCAGGCUUCCCUCUGCAAACUCAGAUAACAGAUUACACUUGUGGAAGCAUCUCUAUCGCUUUCACUUUUGACCAUGCAUUAGGUGAUGCAAGUUCCUUUGGUAAAUUCAUUGCCUCAUGGUUUGAAAGAGCGCAAAAUAAGCCCCUUUCAAUUCUCCCAGACCAUACUAGACACCUUCAAGCUCGUUUUCCUCCCAAAUAUCACCCAUCAUUGGACCAAACUUUCAUCAAGUGCACUAUAGAAGAGAUACAGAACAUGCCAACGAACAACAUAACGCUUAAGCGUCUUUAUCACAUCAAUGCAUCAAGUAUUGAUAUGCUCCAGAGACUGGCAUCACGUGGUGGCACCAAAAGAACAAAGAUUGAGGCUUUCUCUAGCUAUGUAUGGAAGAUAAUGAUUAGAACCAUUGAUCAGAGGUACGAGAAAUGCAAGAUGGGUUGGUUAGUGGAUGGAAGAGAAAAAUAGGAGGAAAAGGUAGCAAAUUGUAUGUCAAAUUACAUAGGCAAUGUCUUAUCACUGGCUUUUGGGGAGGCAAGGAUUCAAGAGUUGAAGGAAGCUUCAAUCUCAGAAACUGCCAAGAGAGUGCAUGAGGCUAUUACAGAGGUGAACAAUGAGGCUCAUUUUUUGGAUUUGAUUGAUUGGGUUGAGUGCCAAAGGCCUGGCUUGAUGCUAGCAAAGGCAGUGUUGGGUCAGGAAGGACCAGUCCUGGUUGUGUCCUCAGGAAGAAGGUUUCCAGUAACUGAAGUGGACUUUGGGUUUGGGAGUCCCGUGUUAGGGACAGUCUAUACCUCUGUUGAAAGGGUCGGGGUAGGUUAUAUGAACCAGAGGCAAAGUGGUAGCAGUGAUGGCUCAUGGACUGUCUCUGCUAUCUUGUGGCCAGAGCUAGCGGCUGCACUUGAGGAUGACCCUAUUUUCCAGCCCAUGACUGCUUCUCAUCUUCAACUUUAGUGCAGUGCAAAGUCCAGCUCUCUUCUCUAUCCUGCAGGUUAAAAUUAACACAAAUAAUAUUAAACACACACACACACACACACACAUGAAGUUCUGCCAUGCCCAUCAUAAUCAACGUGUAUCUUUUCAUUGUAUUUGAUGUUUGCGACAAUUUGAUAAGAGCCAUAUGUUUGCUCUCCAAA